GGACCGCCUCGCCGCCGGAACCGUCCCCGGGGCUCCGCCGCGCCCGCCCGCCCGCCCGCCCGCCCACUCCCCGCGCGUCCCGGCCGCGCUCGCCCGGCCGCCAUGGACGCCGCGCGCUGGCUGGCGCUGGGCGGCCUCCUGGCCCUGGCCGGGCCCCGGGAAGGCCGGCUGGUGCGCGAGCCGGGGCCCACCUUCGGCGAGUGCGGCCGGUUCUUCUAUGCCGGGACCCCGCCGGUCGGCCCGGAGGCCGAGUCGCAGGUGAAAAUCUGCCAGCGGUCGGGGGGCGCAGCGCGCUUCGCCACCCUGUACGGCGCCGCCGGCCGCGCGCCCAUCUUCUCCGCCUUCCGCGCCGCGCGCCCCGCGCCGCCCCGCGCCGGGCAGCGCUGGCUGCUGGAGCCGCAGAUCGACGACCCCAGCAGCAGCCUUGAGGAGGCGACAGAAGAGGCCCAGGCUGUCACCUCUGUGGGCAAUCUGGGAAGCAAGCAAGCUGUGAAUAGUGACUACCUGGACUCUGACUACCAGCGAGGGCAGCUAUACCCCUUCCCCCUUGACGAUGAUCCUCAUGUGGCCACAUUUGCUCUCACGAACUCAGUUCCCAUGACCCAGUCCUUCCAGGACCGGUGGUACAUGAACCUCAACAGCCUGAUGGAUCGGGCCUUGCUCCCUCACUGUAGCCCUGGGGAUGACCUGUACAUCCUCACAGGUGCAGUGCCUUCAGAAAGCAGACUCAGAGGCAGAGUGGCCGUCCCUGAGUUCAUCUGGCUGGCAGCCUGUUGUGCUGUGCCCGGAGGUGGCUGGGCCAUGGGCUUUGUGAAACACACCCAGGACAGUGGCAUCAUAGAAGAUGUGAUGGUGAAAGACCUUGAGAAGCUGCUACCCCAUAAGCCACAGCUAUUCCAGAACAACUGUGGUGAGGCUGAGCAAGACACAGAGAAGAUGAAAAAGAUCUUGGAAAUGGUGAACCAGGUCCAGGAUGAGGAGAGAAUGGUGCAGUCUCAAGAGAGCGCUGGUUCCCUCUCCAGCGCCAGGAGCCAGAGGUCUGCCCUUGGGCCUCCAGAGGCAUCCAAGGGAAGUAGUGGCUUUUGGGGUUUCAUCACGACCUCUUUCAUCAGGCUUUUCCAGUUAAUUUAUUACCUAGUGAUCAUGUUCUUGAAGGGCACUAUCUAUCUCCUGUGGUAUGUGACCACGCAGGUGGUUAACGGCAUAGAAAGCAGCCUCUACCAUCUAGGCUCUGCCAUGGCGUCAUACUUCAUGGCCAUAGGCGCGGAGCUGGUGAGCCUUCCCUGGAAGGUGCUCAAGGUGGUGGCUAAGGUCAUCAGGGCUGUUCUCCGGAUCCUCUGUUGCCUGCUAAAGGCUGUUUGCCGUGUCCUGAGCAUCCCUGUCCGUGUGCUUGUGGAUGUGGCCAGCUUUCCUGUAUACACCGUGGGUGCCAUUCCUGUUGUAUGCAGGGAUAUUGCUGUGGGCCUCGGUGGCACUCUUGCUCUGCUCUUUGACACUGCUUUUGGCACCAUGGGUGGCCUAUUUCAGGUUGUUUUUAGUGUCCUCAAGCAGAUUGGCUAUAAGGUUCCUUUUGAUAAUUCUGGAGAAUUAUAGAAGU